AUGGCACUUUGCACUAAUGAUGUCUGCAAUGGAAAUAUGCAGACAUGGCGUACUCAUCUUGGCGGUGUUAUGCGACUAUUAGCUGGGUUUUUGGAUAGCCAAGGCACCUUGCGCAUUGCCGAUCCCUAUAUCCAGUGUUUGGUGAAGUGGUUCACUACAAUGGAUGUUCUCGCUGGGCUAUCUGGACUAAGUUUUGGUGAUGUUCUGAGUCCUUACGAUGGGAUGUUGAACAGAAUUCCUCUUCCUGACAGUGUGUAUGCCGAUGAAAUUUGUGGUUAUUCCUUGAAACUGGCCCCUCUGCUUGCAAAACUGUCUCAUCUGGUGCAGAGACAAAGUCAAAGUGGGCUUGAGUUGCGCGACUUGAUGGAAGAGUCCCGCUCAUUGGAGAAUGAUAUACUUUCUCUUGUUGAUUGUCGCGAUACCAAUAUUGGUGAUCAUGUCGAAUUACAAAGCACACACCUAGCCUUUGUAUACUCUGCUUUGCUUCAUCUUCACCGAAGAGUUCAAAUGUUUACAGCCACUCAUCAUAUUGUCAAAUCAGAUAUCAAAAAUAUUGUUCAUGCCAUUGAACGAAUUUCACCAUCAUCGUCUGCCAAUAUCCUCAUUCUUUGGCCAAUGUUCAGCGCUGGCUGUGAGACCAAUGAUACCAAAGAGCGAGACUUUAUUCACAGGCGAAUGGGCGAUAUGCAAAACCUGGGCAUGGGCAAUUUUACAAGAGCGCGGGAACUAUUGGGCAAAUACUGGGCAUCGAAGUCUUUACUAUCCUGGGAUAGCUAUUUUGCAACACAAGGAUUGGAAUUGGUUCUAUUCUAG